GCAUCGACACAAAUCGAUACAUAAGGUCUCCUCUGUGUAAAGUAUAAAAGCAAAGUCUUUGGCCAUUUGAAAGACAGACUCGCAGAACCAAACAAUCUCCAACAUGCAGAAUUACUUCUUUGUCCUGAUCCUGGCGGUCGCUUCCGCCCACACUCUGCUGAUGGAUGAGGAACCCAUGGAUUUCUCCCGUGAACGCCGUCAAGUUCCUUCGUUCGACCAGGAGCCGGAAGUGAUUGAGCCAUCGGCGGCCAGCACAUCGGUGGUCGAUCCAUCGGCGGACAGUACAUCGGUGGUCGAUGCCGACGCCAAGCAGGCCCUUCCAUCGACGUUCCAGCCCCACUCUGAGGAUUGCGUCUACACCAACAACCGGAUGUUCCUCGGCUUGGUCCUCUACGUCAGGAUCAACGUGGCCAGCGCCUUGGUGUGCGGCAACACCAUCUGCAGCAGCGAUCCCAGGUGCACCCACUUCACCUACAAUCCCAACGCCGACGGAGGCACUUGCACCCUGUGCAGUCAGCCGGGAUCGGGCGGCACCUGGUCCGUUCCCACUCCGCCGUCGUCUCGCAUCGUUUGCGGUCACAUCCCGAGACGAUCCUGCAAUCCCAAUGCUCUCAUUUCCAUCUGCCUCGGUCUCGAUCUUGGCCUCGGUCUUUUGGGUAAAAAGUAAAAAAUUACUGGAAAA